CCGAUGAACUGUGUAUCUAGGCUGUUUUAGACACUAAAGGUUUCUCUCAGUUAUCGUUUGCUAUAAGCAAGCAUUCUUGUUAUAAGUAGUGCUAGGCUGAGUUCAGUCACCUUGAUCGAUUGGUCCAUCAGCCCUCUCAUAGAGAGCGCCGAUCACAACACACCAUUCGUGUUGUUCUAGCCAUUUCUUCAGCCACCCACUGGCCAAGCUGUCUGAUCAGCGUAGUGCACUGCAGCCCUGAAACACUGAGCCCAAGCGAUCCACCAGCCUCAGCCUCCAAAAUAGCUGGGAUUACAGAUGGCCAAUGAAGCGAGACCAUGCCCAUGUGACAUUGGAGACAGGUUUGAGUAUGGGGGCCUUGGGCAUGAAGUGCAAGUGGAGCACAUCAAGGCGUACGUUUGCAAACCGUCCGCCAGCACGGGAAAAGCUGUGGUUGUGAUUCACGAUAUAUUUGGAUGGCAACUCCCAAAUACCAGAUACAUGGUCGAUAUGCUUGCAGCUAAUGGAUACAUAGCCAUCUGCCCAGACUUCUUUGUGGGACAAAAACCUUGGGACCCUUCUGAUGACUGGUCCAUCUUUAAUGACUGGCUGAAAACUCGAGAUGCCAGCAAGGUAGACAGGGAAGUUGAUGUCAUCUUGAAGUAUCUAAAGGAGCAAUGCAAUGCAAAGAAGAUCGGUGUCAUUGGAUUUUGCUGGGGUGGAAUGGCUGUACAUCACUUGAUGCUGAAAAAUCCUGAAUUAAAAACUGGGGUGGCAAUCUAUGGAGUAAUUAAGUACUUUGAGGAUAGAUACAGUUUGCUCCACCCCACAUUCUUCAUUUUUGGUGAAAGUGAUGAUUACAUUCCUCUUGAACAAGUCACCUUACUGGAGCAGAAGCUGAAACAACACUGUAAAGUUGAUUACAGAGUUAAAAUUUACCCUGGGCAAACUCAUGGUUUUGUACAUCGCAGGAGAGAAGAUAUAAACCCUCAAGAUAAACCUUACAUUGAAGAAGCAAGAAAGGACAUGAUCAACUGGUUAAAUAAAUACCUUUAACAAAAGUAUACUGCCAGAUCUGUAAAACACAAUCAAGUAAUUUGUUAGGUAGACUUUAGAGCAUAUUGUACUUUUAUUUUUG